CACUGAAUAUUCCGUAAAAAUAAUCAAACGAAUUGGUAAAGUAAACGUGUGGUCUUUGAGGCCUUAAAAAAUUGUUUUAAAAGUUAUUUAACAGUUUUUUAAUAAUCAAAUAGACGUUUAGAAUAAGGGAAAGUGCAAUUGUGUGAUUUUAUUUAGUUAAAAAGUGCAAUCAAUUUGGUGUUUGUGGCAUAUUGAGGCGCUAAAGGGAUUUUGCGUCAUAAGAAACUUUUGUGAUAAACAGCGAGAAAAAAACAUAAUAAAAUAAUAACGCAAAACAAAUAUACAUAUAUUAAAAAAACGUAUUGUUGCCCGGAAUUAGGUUUUGUUAAAAUAUACACAUAAAUCGUAAUAAAACAAGUGUCUAACCCCUCCCAUUCAAACGAUAACAUUCCAAUUUGUUUAGGAGAGGGGUGUCGCAGGCAAAGCGAUAGCAAACUAGUCGUGUUGGUGAGUCAUCCAAGAUAAAAUCGCAGCGCAUACCGCUCAAACAAAAGCAAACCACAAACACAGUAGCUACGAGUGACAGCAGCAACAGUUCCAAGGCCUUGUACAUAUUUCGUGUUGACAAAAAGCAAAACAGCUGAAGGCACUAUAGCCGCGCACUCACAUACAAUAAAAUUUACUAGAGUGACGUCAUCACAUUGCGGAUAGACCACAUUCACACACAAUAUAAGGAUUUUACUAUGAAAACCACUAUCAGUGCAACAACAACUACCAACACAGCUCUGACGGCUAACAGCAGCGCAACGUCGGUUAAUAUCUUACCCAAAACGGAACCAAGCGAUAUCAAUUUAACUUUUCAAACACCAAACGCCGCUGCUCCUAGUAGCAAUAACACCAGCGUGAAUACGAAUAAGCGACCAAUUUCAUUGGAUUUGAAUAAAAUGGCGGCAAAAAAACAACGUUUGGUCACACCGCUUAGCAUUGAUUCGCCCAAUUUGGAUAACAUGAAAACCAUAAAUACGCCGGACAUUGAGAAAAUACUACUAAGCAACGUGAUGCCGACACCGCAACCGGGUGUGAUAUUUCCCAGCAAAACGAGUACGGUUACUUCGGAACAGGAAGCCUAUGUGAAGGGCUUUGAGGAGGCGUUAAGUAACUUACAUCAAAGCAAAAAGUCGCAGGCCGCACAGAUAACCAACAGCAGUAGUAGUAAUGUGGUAACGGCCGCGCCGACAACCACGGCAAGCGUAGUGGGCACGGGCGUUAGUGGCGGCUCCUUCACCUACACUAAUCUAGAAAACUUCCCCGUCGCUAUCAAAGAUGAGCCACAAAACCCCGGCUCGCCAGCGGCGCUCAGCCCCAUCGACAUGGAAACGCAAGAGAAAAUCAAGUUAGAGCGCAAACGGCAGCGCAACCGUGUCGCCGCAUCCAAGUGCCGCAAACGCAAACUGGAACGCAUUUCCAAGCUGGAGGAUAAAGUAAAAAUGCUCAAGGGUGAGAACUCAGACCUUGGCGCCGUGGUGAAAACAUUGAAGGAUCAUGUUGCGCAACUGAAAGAACAAGUGAUGGAUCACUUUAACUCCGGUUGCACAAUCUCCAUGUUAACGGAGCAACAAAUGUUGGCAAGCAAAUAACAUGAGGACACCGUUGUGGGCGCGCGAAAAUUAGAACAUAGGCAAAAACCGGAAA